GCCUAUAUACAAGGAGGACGAUCGCCGUGUUAUAAAUGUGGGUACAAUGUUCACAAUGACAGAAUGAUUUCUAUUGCCACUAGAGAGCGCGUCUAGUCGCUUAGUCUGGUUUUUAAAAACAGUAAUUAAAACAAAAACAUCAAAGAGACCUAUUAAUUUCAUUUGUUUAUUUAUAAAAUCACACGUACUUAAAUCUAAAGUUAAGAACAUCACCGUCGCCCUCGUAGAUAUUAUUGUACUCAAUAUUCAGUCAUUUCCAACAACACAAAUUCGACGCAAACGCCUAUCUCGAUCGUCCUCCUUGUAUAUAGUUCCAUUGGCCGUAUUAUGCAAAAGCUCGUAUGUACGAGCGAAUUUAUAUGAAACGAUACUUGUGCAAGCUCUCCUGUAGCACACGUGAACGAUAUACAACCCAAAGCAUGCUGUAACAAAAGGGUUAAGUUACAUAUGUUUUGAAAGAUAGAUGAUGAACAGCCUUAAGAAAAUGCGCGGCGGUACACUUCGAAUUGUUAACUUUUUGUUUUUACAAAAACGUUAUUAUUCCGAACAAGUGAGGGUGAGAUUUGCACCGAGUCCUACUGGUUAUUUACAUUUGGGAGGUUUACGUACUGCACUGUAUAAUUAUUUAUUUGCUCGUGCUAAAAAUGGUACAUUUAUUCUACGAAUUGAGGAUACUGAUCAAUCUAGAACAAUACCUGGUGCGAUGGAAAAAUUACAAGAUGAUUUGAUAUGGGUUGGAAUUAUAUCAGAUGAAGAUCCUAUGAGAGGAGGCCCCUACGGGCCUUACCUUCAAUCUAAACGUCUUGAAAUAUACAAAGAAAAUAUACAAAAACUUCUUCACAAUAAGACCGCUUACUAUUGUUUUUGUUCAGAGAAUAGAUUGAAUUUGUUAAAACGAGAAGCUAUUAAAAAUGGUCAUGUGCCUAAAUAUGAUAAUAAAUGUAGACAUUCUACUGAAGAAGAGGUCAACGAGAAAUUGAGAAAUGGCGUACCAUAUUGUAUUAGAUUUAGGCUGUCCCCAGAUAUAGAAGCAUUCGAUGAUCUGAUUUAUGGUCAUGUAGCUCACGAUAUUUCAAAGAUCGAAGGUGAUCCUAUAAUUAUGAAAUCUGAUGGUUUUCCUACUUAUCAUUUUGCAAACGUCGUUGAUGAUCAUUACAUGAAAAUUUCUCACGUUUUGAGAGGUGUUGAGUGGCAAAUAUCAACACCUAAACAUUUAAUGCUUUAUAAGGCAUUUGGUUGGGUACCACCUGUUUACGGUCAUUUACCUUUAAUACUAAAUAGUGAUGGUUCAAAGUUAUCCAAACGACAAGAUGGAAUAAGAGUUGAUUCGUUCCGGAAUUCAAAUAUUUUUCCAUUGGCGUUAUUAAAUUAUGUUACUCAUGCCGGCGGUGGUUUUGCGAGAAAUCCAGAUACUCCGGAAAUAUACACUUAUGAACAUUUGAUUAAAAAAUUCGAUAUUAAAAGGAUAAAUUCAAAUUCAACAAAGUUAGCAUCCGAGAUAUUGUUAGAAUUUAAUAGAUUGGAAAUAUCACGAUUGUUGAGCAGUCCAAACAAUCAUAAAUUUUUAAUAGAAAGAGUAAGGAGAAUAGUAAAGGAAGCGUUUCCAAAUUGCGAAAAUAAGACAUUCAAAUUAGAUGGAGAUCACAUUAUUUCAACAUUGAAUUGGGCGCAAAAUAGGAUUAGCAAGUUAAGCGAUCUUGUAACAACUGAUUUAGCAUUUAUAUGGGUCAUGCCAACUUCUCUUCCCGAUAUUACUUCACCUGAAUGCAUAGAUGCUAUUAAAAAUUUAAAUAAGAAGUUGACGGAGACUGAUGAGAAUGAUUUAUUGAUGGAUGUAUUGAAACCAUAUUUAAAAGAACUUGCUAAAAAGAACGGUAUCCCGUUUCCUAGCUUGAUGAAAACUUUGCGUAAAAUUCUAAGUGGUUUAGAGAGCGGACCAAGUGUAAUAGAAAUGAUUGAAAUUUUGGGAAAGAAUGAGACUCAACUACGUUUAAAACGUUGCCUUCAAUGAAAAGAAAAUACGAUAAUGUAUUGGAUGGACGGAAACUAUACAUUGUUUAAAGGCUUGUCCUAUAAUUAUUAAAACACAUUCUAUUAAUAGAAGAUAUACUAAACAACUUUGAUGAUUCUUUUAACCAUUCAAGUACCACAUAGCGUGAUUGCAUUUCUUCUAUUUGGUGUCCAAAAAUGUCAGCGCAUCAGAUAGUGAUAGUUAAAAGUAGUUGGAUGUUUGGUGUACUUUCUUGUAGUAUAACAUAAUGCUACCACACUGCUCAGCAUUUUUUAACCGAAUUUUUGUAAGAGCUCGUGGCAUUUUACCAGUUGAUAUAAAUAUCACUUUUAAGAUAAACCAUUGGUAUAAGCAAAAAAUACAGAAGUACAUAGAAGCUCA